UACUACUACAUACUAGUACUACUAAGUCAGUAGUGCUCAGUACAACUAACUGCCAUCUACCAUCUUUUAUCUACCAUCCUUGACCCAUUUUCUGUUUCACACGGUUUCCCUUUCAGUCAGACAACAUGGCCGAGUUCUUGCGAUCCCAGAUUUUGGGGACUACAUUCGAAACCACCAACAGAUAUUCCGACCUGCAGCCUGUUGGACUUGGUGCCUUCGGGCUUGUUUGCUCGGCUUAUGACAUGAUUACGCGCCAGCCAGUAGCUAUCAAGAAGAUGAUGAAGCCGUUCUCCAACGCCACCCUCGCCAAACGGACCUACCGCGAAGUCAAGCUAUUGAAACACCUGCGUCAUGAGAAUCUUAUUGGCCUGAGCGACAUUUUCAUCUCACCAUUAGAGGACGUUUAUCUGGUGACAGACCUUUUGGGAACUGAUCUCAACCGCCUCCUUACCUCGAAGCCUCUGGACGGCAAAUUUGUUCAAUAUUUCACCUAUCAGCUUUUGCGAGGCCUCAAAUACAUCCACUCCGCAGGCGUGAUACACCGUGAUCUCAAGCCGAGUAACAUACUGAUCAACGAAAACUGUGACUUGAAGAUCUGUGAUUUCGGUCUUGCGCGACUGCAGGAGCCUCAGAUGACCGGAUAUGUCUCAACAAGAUAUUACAGGGCACCAGAAAUCAUGCUUACAUGGCAAAAAUACGGAAUGCAAGUGGACAUCUGGAGUGCUGGCUGCAUUGUCGCAGAGAUGCUUCGCGGAAAGCCAUUGUUCCCAGGAAAGGAUCAUAUCCACCAAUUCUAUCUGAUUACGGAUGCUCUGGGGAACCCGCCUGAUGAGGUCAUCGAGAGGAUCUGUACAAAAGCCGCCCUUAAUAUUGUGAAAUCGCUGCCAAAGCGCCAGCCAGCUCCUUGGGCGACUUUGUUUCCAGACUCUGAUGAGGACGCUAUUGACCUCCUUGCAAAUAUGCUCAUAUUUGAUCCCGACAAGCGGAUCUCUGCUGCGAAAGCUUUGGAACAUCCUUACUUGGGCGUAUAUCACGAUCCCACUGAUGAGCCGGUUGCUGAGCAAAAGUUCGACUGGUCUUUCAGUGAAGUAGCACAUUCAAUUGAUGAAUGGAAAAUCAUGAUAUACACUGAAGUUGUAGACUUCCAUGAUCUUGGGCCUACCGGGGAACCAGCAAUUACAGAACCUUUCUUGUCUCCCGACCCGAGCCUCAGCCCUGAGGUCCUUGACCCGCUUGGCCAGAUACAAACCCAAAGCAUGGUCACCAAAUCCGCGGACACUCUAGACCAGGAUAUUCUGCAGUACCUCCAGAUUUAGACUGCGCCAGUUUAGAGCUUACGAAGGAAGCGAGAGCCGUAAGCUCGGUGAACUAGUUUCGUUUGUCCUCGCGAGGGCUGCUGGCACUGACAUCAUCAUGCGUCUAUCUCGUAAACUUUCGUCAGAUGAGGCUUUGAAGAUCGGUCAUUCGGCAAUUGGGGAAUUUUCAAAUGCGUCCCUUGCCUAAAGCCUACCACAGGCGCCACUAAACAGCG